AAAGGCUUUGACAUAGUCAAUAAAGCAGAAAUAGAUGUUUUUCUGGAACUCUCUUGCUUUUUUGAUAAUCCAGCAGAUGUUGGCAAUUUGAUCUCUGGUUCCUCUGCCUUUUCUAAAACCAGCUUGAACAUCUGGAAGUUCAUGGUUCACAUAUUGCUGAAGCCUGGCUUGGAGAAUUUUGAGCAUUACUUUACUAGCGUGUGAGAUGAGUGCAAUUGUGCGGUAGUUUGAGCAUUCUUUGGCAUUGCCUUUCUUUGAGAUUGGAAUGAAAACUGACCUUUUCCAGCCCUGUGUCCACUGCUGAGUUUUCCAAAUUUGCUGGCAUAUUGAGUGCAGCACUUUAAAAGGAUCAUCUUUCAGGAUUUUAAAUAGCUCAACUGGAAUUCCAUCACCUCCACUAGCUUUGUUUGUAGUGAUGCUUCCUAAGGCCCACUUGACUUCACAUUCCAGGAUGUCUGGCUCUAGAUAAUCAAGUAAAACAAAGAUGAGCUUCAUCUAUGGACUGCAGUCUGCUGCUAGAAACUGUUUUUUCUUCCGAUUUAAUUUACUGACCACUUGGAGAAAAUGUAACACACAAGCUGUAACCUCACUGGACUUUCAUCAAGUGAAAAUUAACCAUAUAGUAAAUAAAUCUCCUGGCCUGGGAGUAAAUCACAUUGAUAGAUGGACUCCUCUGCCUGCAAACUUUUUCUUCUAUAGGACUUUUAAUACCAAAAGAAAAGACUGCCUUUUGAGCACCAGAAGUAAGGAAAUUUGGAUGAUUAGCCGAAAAUAUACUGCAUGGACUGACUCUUUUUCAAGACAGCUACUGAUGAAAGACGUUCCCGUAGUUCCUGCUCAUUCAAUGUUGCAUCCCCUCAACUGUUUACCCACAAGAGACAUCAGGAGUUUCCACACUUCUCCACGGUGCCAAGCUGCUCCUGUUCCUCUGUUGUUGAUGAUUCUUAAGCCAGUGCAGAAGCUGCUUGCAAUCAUUGUGGGCAGGGGCAUAAGAAAAUGGUGGCAGGCACUUCCUCCUAACAAGAAGGAACUAUUUAAAGAAAGUUUAAGGAAGAAUAAAUGGAAGCUCUUCCUUGGCUUGAGUAGUUUUGGAUUGCUUUUUGUAGUGUUUUAUUUUACACAUCUGGAAGUGAGUCCAGUCACAGGAAGGAGCAAGCUACUGUUAUUGGGGAAAGAACAUUUCAGACUUUUAUCAGAACUGGAAUAUGAAGCAUGGAUGGAAGAAUUUAAAAAUGAUAUGCUAACUGAGAAAGAUGCGCGAUAUGUGGCUGUUAAAGCAGUGGUUCAUCAUUUAAUUGAAUGCAAUCAAGAUAUUCCAGGGAUCUCUGAGAUCAAUUGGAUUAUUCAUGUGGUUGAUUCCCCAGAUAUAAAUGCCUUUGUACUUCCAAAUGGACAAGUGUUCGUCUUCACUGGACUUUUAAAUAGUGUGACUGAUAUUCAUCAGCUUUCCUUCCUUCUGGGCCAUGAAAUAGCACAUGCAGUACUUGAGCAUGCUGCAGAAAAGGCUAGCUUGGUUCAUUUAUUGGAUUUCCUAGGUCUGAUUUUUCUUACGAUGAUUUGGGCCAUUUGUCCUCGAGAUAGUUUGGCACUUUUGGGCCAGUGGAUACAGUCUAAACUGCAGGAGUUUUUGUUUGAUAGACCAUAUAGUAGAACGCUAGAGGCUGAAGCUGACAAAAUUGGACUACAGCUUGCUGCCAAGGCCUGUGUGGAUGUCAGAGCCAGUUCAGUGUUUUGGCAGCAGAUGGAAUUUGCAGAAAGCCUCCACGGUCAUCCCAAGUUGCCAGAAUGGUUAUCUACACACCCUUCUCAUGGCAAUCGAGCUGAGCACUUGGAUAGGCUCAUACCUCAGGCUCUCAAAAUUAGAGAGACCUGUAAUUGCCCACCACUUUCUGGACCAGACCCUCGAUUACUAUUCAAACUCAGCAUGAAGAAUUUUCUUGAAGCAGAGAAAGAAGACCUAAAUAUCACUGUUAAACAGAAAAUGGAUACUCUUCCCAUCCAAAACCAGAAGCAAAUACCAUUAACAUGUAUAGUGGACAAAAGAACUGGCAGCUGAAUUAAAAUUUAUGAGACACAGGAUACAUGAAGAAUGCAGCAGUCCUUAUCAUUUUCAUGUUAUUUUUUAAAAAUGAUGUUUGAAAGGAAAAAAAUGGAUACUCAGGGUCAAAUCAUGUAUAUUACAGGUAUUAUCUAAAUUCCUAUACUAGGUAUUUAUUUUUCGUGAAAUAUUGAUGUAUUUAAUCAAUUUAAAAAUACCUUCAAUGAGGAAAAUGCCACAGAAUAAAUUUAUAUUACAUAUUUUA